AUGAUCGGACUUCAUCGAGAUCCCUCUCUUUGUAAGAGCAUGUCGCCAUAUUGGGCGGAGAUCCGUCGAAGACUGUGGGCGACAACUCUCGAGCUAGACCUUCAAGCGGCUCUAAGUCUCGGCACGCCGGUAUCAAUAUCUCAGAGCGAAUAUGACUGCCGUCCACCGUCCAAAUUCGACGAUGAAGAUCUCCAGCCCAAUGCGUCUAACACCACAGCCACGCACUGUCUUGACAAGGACGUCGCUCCUGCCCAAUUUUGCCGAGACCUUUAUCAGUCGGGUACAAAUUGCCUGCCUCCGGCUCUCCUAAAAGCCGGUGAUGAAGACGCCGCCGGCAGUUCGGCUCUCCGCAAGUCUCUUCUGCUGUAUUUUUAUCUAUCGAUCCCUUCUUGCUCUUCAUCGGCCCUAUUUCCUCAGCUUGACCGAGACCAGUAA